ACAACACACCCGUCUCGAACGUUUGUUUGUGAGUUGUGACUCAUCUUGAGCUUUUUUAUGGCAUUUCGCAAACUUUUUCCGCGAUAAUCGUCUUUCACUGUGUUGGCAUUUUUCUUGUUCGAGUUAUUACCAAAGAUCAGUCGCCCUUUCAGUUCCUUAUCCCUUAGUUUCAGUGCUGUUAUUCUCACGGACUGAGAUCGUAUCUAUCAACCCCUAUCAGCUCUCGGACCCAUUUUGUAACUGAUAUUGAGGGUUUUUUUCUUUGUUACGUCAAUUAAUACGUUAGUAAUUUGCUGAAAUCAGAGAUAAUGUGCUAGCCGCUUUUAAUCAGAACCAAUCGUCCCCCCCUUUCCUUCAGCUUCCUUUCUCUCCGUGAUUCGUGGGUGAUAGUGAAUUCCAGCCUGUCAGUGUGAAAGUUGUACCCAUCUUCCUAGUAACGAGAUGCCCUUUGGUCACAUUUUCCAUAAAUAAUGGCACUGCUCAGAAACUUGCAGUAGUAUGAACCAAAUGGCUUGAUUAUUCUAGCGGAAGUCCAAUCAAUCGCAGCAGAAUAUCCUGUUGGAUCGGUCGAAGAAGCCGGAGUUGACGAGUGCGAGGGAGCGGAAGCACUCGAGCAUCAUGACGCUGUGGAAGCAGAUCCGGGUGCUCCACUACCGGAACAUGUGCAUCCGGCGGCACCACUGGCUGGCGGCCCUCUUCGAGAUCGCCAUCCCGACGCUUAUCUUCGGCCUCGUCACCAAAGUCGCCGUCCAGCACAACAAGACCUUCCACUUCGAGAGCAACGAGACCAUCUACCCGGUCCAACCCGAAAGCGACAUCCUGACCCAUGGACUCACACAUUUCCCCUUCUUGGACCUCACCUUCGCCCCCAACAACAGCGCAACCAAGAGGAUCGUCGAUAAAAUGGUCGAGGUCAUCAAGGACAACCAUAAGCACAGUGUGAUCGAGAUUAAAACUCAUGGCGUCGACAGCGAGUCAGCUAUUGUGGAUCGAAUUUUCAAAGUGUAUGGAAACAAGAAUGAUACACCAUUAUUCAUACCUGCCUUUGGGAUUUAUUUCCGGAAUAUCAAUGCAGAUUCCAACGAGAUCCCAAAGCACAUUGAUGUUGUGAUUCGGCCAGUCAAUGAACUUGUUGAUACAAAUGUGUUAGUCAGCACGCCUGGAAGCGAGCGUGAAGGCCGAAGCGCUGCUUAUAUCUGGGGAGGCUCUUUGGCAAUUGAUUGGGCCUUACAGGAUGCGGUGUUAAAGUUGUCUUCAAACAGCGGCUCUACUUUACCGAAGGUCCUAAUUGAAGAAUUUCCUCAGCCUGCAUCGAGUCGUGACGAGUCUGUUUUUGAUCUCAUUUUCAAAUUUCUACCAGCAGCAACCUUGUUUAGUAUGACGCUCAUAUUUCCAUUUUUGUUGAAGAACAUUAUCUCUGAAAAAGAAACAGGUGCAAAGGAGCUGAUGAAAAUGAUGGGUUUGAAAAGUUGGAUGACUUGGGUCGGUUGGUUAAUGGCAGUUCUCAUGACUCAACUCAUCACCCUUGCGAUAGUCACAUUUUUCAUGACAGCCCCCGUUUUUGGGCCUCCAUUGUUGAAAUCAUCACCCACACUUCUGUUUGUCUACUUAUUGCUGUAUGUUUUGGUCGCCAUCUGUUUCUCCUUUGCUCUCUGCCCCAUCUUCAAAAGACCAACUGUUGGAGUUUGUGUCGCUAUGAUUCUGUGGUAUGCAACUGGAUACAAGUUUGAGAUACCAAAUGAUUCACGAUUCAAGAUCUUGAGGUAUGCUUCGUAUCUUUUCCCGAACAUUGCUCUGAAUCGAGGCUGGGCAUCCUUCCAUUACUUUGAACUAAGAGCUGAUGGUGCUCAUUGGUCUGAUUUCUACACGCGGCCAGUAGAUCGAGACACGUCGUCUCUCGCAGUCAUUUUUGGAAGUUUCACUCUUCAAAUUGCCAUCUUUAGCAUUAUCACCUGGUAUCUAGAUGCCGUCAGGCCAGGACCGUAUGGAAUACCAGAAAGUCUUUUAUUCUUCACCAAGAAAUCAUACUGGAGCAACACUGGAGCAUCCAAAGAAUUCGUUGAUGAUGAGAGUGAUCCCAUGCAAAAUAGAAAUUUUGAGCCUGUCUCAAGAGAUCUCAAACCAGGAAUCCAAGUUAGGAAUCUGAAAAAGUCUUUCAAGAACGUAACUGCUGUGAAUAAAGUUUCGGUCAAUUUCUACCAAGGAGAAAUUACUGCCUUACUUGGUCAUAAUGGAGCCGGAAAAACUACUACUAUGUCAAUGCUGACAGGUAUGAUUCCAGCAGACUCGGGCAAAGUAAUCGUUGAUGACUACAACAUCUUUGACAACAUUUCACAGUUCCGCGAGAACCUCGGUCUUUGUCCUCAGCACAAUCUUCUUUUCAACUACCUAAAUGUGCUGGAACAUCUUAUCUUCUUCGGAUUGCUGAAAGGGUUAUCAAAAAAACAAGCUUAUUCAGAAGCGUUGAAUCUGAUGGAACUGCAGAAUAUCAGUAGCAAAAAAUCAGCAAUGAUUGGUCAGCUUUCCGGUGGAAUGAAAAGGAAGCUUUCCUUGGCAAUUGCUUUGAUUGGCAGCCCCAAAAUAUUGAUGUUGGAUGAGCCGACCUCUGGAAUGGACCCUGAAUCUAGAAGAGAAAUGUGGAACCUUCUUUUGAACAUGCGUGGAGAACGGACAAUCAUUCUCACAACACACUUCAUGGAAGAAGCCGACGUUUUGGGAGAUCGGAUUGCUAUUAUGGACCAUGGAGAAAUCAUGUGCUUUGGAACCUCAAUUAUGUUAAAAAAAUUGUAUGGUGCUGGAUAUUACUUGAAUGUACUGAAGCAAAAGAACUUCACCCAGAAUCGUGACUUGAUCACAUCCGCCAUCCAAGAAUUCAUUCCAGAAGCUGAGCUGAGAAGUGAUGAAGGGCCCAAGCUGACCUACAUCUUGCCGACUGAGUCUGUGGACGGAUUUCCCUCCAUGUUCACCAAACUCGAAUCGUUGAAGAACGAGCUGGGGAUCGCUAGUCUUGGUGUGUCUUGCACAACCAUGGAAGAAGUCUUCUUGAAAGUUGGAGAGAUUGCUGCUGAAGAACGAGACUCAGGAGAUAAUGAGAGCUCCAAUUCUCAAGAAAAUUACUCGGCAUUCACCUCACCAGAAGGAGAUUCAGGAAAGUUAAAACUUCAGCCAGCUUUACUUUGUCAGCAGUUCUCGGCUCUUCUGAAUAAGAAACUGAUUUACUCGUAUCGCAGACGCUUCAUGUACCUUAUUUUUGGCAUUGUACCGAUUUUGGCAUCCAUACUGUCAAACUUCUUGCUGAACAGUCAAGAGAUUGGUCCACCACCCAUGCCUGCUUUGGAACUAGACCCGAGUAUUUAUGAUACCAUGCAAAUUUAUUAUCAUUCAAAUGAUUCCAAUCCAUACGCAGCACAGUUGAAAAACCUCGUCCCGCUGCAGACCCCUGUUCAAAUUCCUCCUGACCAAGACACUAACCAAUAUCUUCUGAACUUAGGGAAGGCGGACCUCAAUGAAUACUAUGCGGAAAACUUGUUGGCGUUGCAAGUGAGCAAAACGUCUGUCACGGCAAUGUACAAUCAAAUUGCUAUCCAUUCUCUACCUAUCUCCUUGAAUUUAGCCUACAACCUCUUAUUGAAGAGCGUGGCAAAUAGGACUCUGUCUACCACACUUCAUCCCUUGAGUCUGAAAGUCGUGGAACCCUGUGCAUUGGAGCCUACUUCGAGAGGGGCUUUGUUUGUUUUUUACGCUUUUGCCUGGAUCCAAUUCUUCGGGACAUCGCUCCUCAUUCUGACGGGAUCUCUCAUCGCGUUUCCCAUUGUAGAGCGGCUCAAUAAUGCCAAGCAACUGCAGCUAAUGACAGGCGUGUCACCAGUGAUUUACUGGAUGACAACAUUUAUCGUUGACUACGCUUAUUUCCUCAUCGUCUCCUUCCUCUCAGUCUUUGUAUUCGUUAUCAGUGGAAACUUACUUGCUGAAGCAGGUGUGAUCCUUUGUUUCAUUCUGAUGAUCUCGGGUGUCAGCAACAUUCUAUUUGCGUAUGUCCUCUCUUACUUCAAAAAAUCUUAUGCCUCAUGUUACUCACUGUACCUCAACAUCAACCUAUUUGUCGGAACAUAUGGAGCGAUUAUAGUGUACGCCAUGCUAAAAUUGAAUGGUGCCUCCGGGGAAGCGGUCAUAAACAGGUUUUGGUUGGGCUUAGCAGAUUACAUCUUGAGAUUUUUGCCGCAAUAUCCAUUCCUGAUUGCAUUGAUGACAUUCCUGUGGGCUGCGUUUGAGAACAGCUGGUGCGUUUUGUGCCCCAAUCAACCAUGCACAAAGCUAAACUAUUUCGAAUGGUCAACAAAAAGUGAUAUCGGUCUGAACAACUACCUGCUAACGUUGGCUAUUGACGCAUUGAUUUAUCUGGCAAUAAUUAUUCUGGUCGAACUCGGCUACAUAGAGCAGAUACAAAGGCUAGCUUUCAACAGAAUUUGUGGCACGCACUUCCUCGAUGAAAAUCAUUCAAGUGAGGAUCCAGAUGUCAAUGAAGAAAAAGACAGAGUUGACUCUGCUAAAGAUCAGCCAGUAACAUAUAGAAACUCAGGUUGCGUAAAUAUCGGCAAGGUUAUCAGAGACAUAACAAUCUCAAAGGAUAAUAUUUCUGAUCACCUUCUGAUUGUCGAUAACCUCGUCAAAAAAUUCUCCCGCACCCAUGCUGCUGUAAGAGGAAUAAGCUUCGCCGUAAAGCCAGGGGAAUGUUUUGGUCUGCUAGGAGUCAACGGUGCAGGAAAAACAACCACUUUCCGCAUGAUAACAGGCGACACACUCCCCACCAUUGGUGAUUGUUCUAUUUUCAACUACUUCCUCAGUCAGAAACGGCAGAAAUACUUGUCUAUGAUCGGCUACUGUCCGCAAUUUGAUGGCAUCAACGAAUAUCUGACUGGAAAUGAAAUGCUCGAGACCUUUGCCAAGCUACGUGGCGUUCAUCGUUCAAAGAUUAACCAGCAGAUCAGCAAGUGGCUAUCUACCCUUGGUCUGAACGAGUACAGACAUAAACUAUGUGGAACUUACUCAGGUGGAAACAAGCGGAAGCUUAGCACAGCAAUGGCGCUGAUCGGUGAUCCGAGCCUAGUGGUUUUGGAUGAACCCACAAGUGGUGUGGAUCCCAUCUCCCGUCGUAAAUUGUGGAAUGUUCUUCUGGAGUCACGCAAGCAUGGCCAGGCAAUUGUCUUUACUUCUCAUAGUAUGGACGAGUGUGAAACACUCUGUGAUCGUCUUACAAUAAUGGUAGCUGGAAAGAUGAUGUGUAUCGGCAACGUCGAGUAUCUGAAGCAGAGAUACGCGCAAGGUUAUUCAAUAAUGAUUAAGUUGGGCAAUGCGACUGAAAGCGACCUUCAGGAUUUGAAGGACAUGGUAAUUGAGAAGUUCGGAAAUGAUAUUGUUCUGAAAGAUAAACAUGCUGGGUUGUUGAACUACCACAUCACACAGCCAUCGGUGCCUUUGUCUGAAUUAUUCUCGAGGAUGCAAAGCAUUCGGGAGAGCAUGAAUAUUGUCGAAGAUUACCAAAUCUGUAAUACUACACUGGAGCAAGUUUUUCUGGCAUUUGCUCGGUCAGAAGCCAAGAUAAUCGAGACGUAAUAACGUCUUCAGUUUUGAAAGAUUCUCAUUCUCUAUUUUCUGAUCAGGCUGAUGUGUCCGCAAUGGACUUGUAUUUGUAAACUUACUGUUUUAUUUUUAUAUGAUUAUUUUUUUUAUCUCUUACUGUUUUAUUUUGCAGCAUUUCUUAUGAUUGCCCUCUCUUUUAUUUUCUUCAAUCCCUUUGAAACCCUGAUCCAUGAGAGUAAAGAUUGAGUAAAAUAGGAAUGACCUCUCUCUUAUCAAGUUAGGAGUUUAAUGAGAUUGACUUAAAGACAAAGAGUAAUUUCAAGAUUUGUUGGCUUUGUCUGAAAACUUAAUCUAGCUUUAGUGUUUAUUUUUGAUCAUAGUCAGAGCUAUGGUCAAUGUGGUGCUCCAUGUUUUCUGAAAAGUUAGGAUAUUUAGUCACGCAUAUUUUUUUAGUAAUACGUAAAAAUUUAAGUGUGUGUCAGGAAGGAGCAAUUUGCUCGUGCGUUUGGAGAUAAAUUAGUUACAGAGAGAUGAAUUUUUUUGGAUUUUAUGGUCUUAUUUGAAAGCUUCAUGAAAAUUUUAAUAAUUUUCUCAUUAUGCGGUCGAAAAUGUACUGUAAAUGUCCUCAAACAAGUGGAAGCAGCAUCAGCUUUGAUGGAGAACUACUUUUGUCGGUCAGGAAAAUGAGUUGAGUAAAAUCUAAUUCAUUUGUGUAAAUAUUUGAACAAUCUCACGUACAAACACUUCUUGUUUCAACAGACGUUAGCAUUAUUUAAUGUACCACUAGGAAGGUUUAAAUUGAAGCACUGCACCAUGGCUCUCUCUUCAAAAUUUCAUAUUGAAAAUUUUCAGUUUACUUCAUAAGUGAGAACUUGAUGUUGUCUGGUCCAUCAAUUAUAAUGGUGAAAAAACCAAAAUCUACUCGAGGUACAAGACGUACGGAAUUAGCCUUAGCUAGAUGUACAAUUGAAGGAUUUUUUUUGGAAUUAAAUUUUUUUUGCGUAACAGUUGUAUAAACACAGUGUAUCAGAGAAACAAUCAAAGUUUUGUAAUACCUGAUAUAGGUAAUUUGUCAGUGGUAUAGAUCUAUCGUAAAUGGAUAUAUUGAUUUACAUCUAUUCAAACGUUAAGUUAUGCUUCAUGCUCAUGGGUUGGUUCUAAAAAUGUCUACUAUAUCUGAUGGUGCUUUAAUCCCUAACCUGACUAGUGGUCUAUGUAUUUACCUUUGAACUUCGCUAUUUUCCUUUAAAGAAAGAACUGUUUUACCAAAAACCUGAAAGGUAUUGAACAAGAUAAAAUGUGUAAGAGGGUAAAUGAGUUCGGCAUUAGUCAGAGCAAGCCGAUGAUAGAGAAAGAAAAGCUCGUCAGCACAUCUGCAUGAUCACAGAAAAAUAUGCUUAGUGGCACCAAUUCUAUCUUUUGGUCCGAUUUUAAUGGUUACCUUUCAAAUGUAUGCGUUAUGGUAAUCAUCUGUUUAAAUAUCCUAUUUUGGACCAAACAAUUAAUAUAGUGAAAUAAGUAGAUUUUUUAUAUUUGGUUUCAGUUCCUCUGUAAACUUGGCGCUAUGAAAGCGCCUAUGAUUUAAAGAAAAAAUGCAAGAUAUUCUAGGGUAUUUACUGUCUAACUUUUUACCGUGUUAACCUCUGUAUUACAAAAAGAUGUCUGCAGUGGGCAUUUAUAGGCCCUUGUUAAAUUUUGCAUCACCUUGACUUGAAUUGUUCAUUUCUUCACCGUGAUGCUAUCAAUUCCUUGGUCAGUUAAAAUGUCACUACUUUGUGCCAUUGUCAAUUUUUCCUGCUCGUAACUCUCCACCUAACCAUAUUUCAUUAACUUGCUUUGCAAAAUUUAAAAUACAAUUCUAAUGCUUGAAAUAUGUGGACAAUUUUUUUUUAGGAAAGGAAUUUCUUUUUAGGAAAGGGUGUCUUUACUAAUUAUUAAUAGAAUUACUGUUUCUUACCCUCCUUUUUAUUGAAUGUGUUGACCUCUAUUGUAGAUGAUACGUCUUCUCAUAAUGUGUUACGUAUCGAUGAUGAAACUGUAGAAUAAUGUGCCUUCAUUAGUGAUUUCUCAUGCAGGUUUUACAUUUUUAAUUUUCAAAGAUGAUGAAGACCCUAAAUCAUUUCUGUAUUUUUGUAAUUUAUUCCGCCUUGAUUACUGCAAAAUUGUUCUAGAGAUGAUCCAUUCUAGUAUACCUGAAGACUUACCAAAAAACAGCUCUUUAUUGCUCUUGUAUAGUUGCUACAUUAAGAAAGCUGUAUUAGAAGGAAUUUCAGAAAAUAUUUAUUGUUGUCAAUAAAACAAAAAUAAUUGUUCCCUGAAGUUUCCUUACAGCUUUUUCGUACUUUUUUUUUGAGUUGAACAUCUCUCAAAUAAUUCAGAUUAUUUAGCUAUGUAAAUACAUAUGUUGAUUUGGGCCUUCUGAUAUGAAAUUAAUGUUUCUCAAAUUAGACCUGUUUCAUGUCAGCAGUGAGCUAUCCAAUUUGCCAAGGCAUGGAAUGAUAAAAACAGCACAGUUAGAGAUUUAAGUUUGGUUGCAUGGUUACGGAACUGAUGUGACUGCAGAGUUGAUCCACCUCCUACCACCUCCUUAUCUCCGUAAAACUUUCAUUAUGCUUUGAGAUCCUGCUCUUCUCCCAAAUCCUGCUCUUAUGUGUCCCUUGUGCAUCUCAGCAAGAAAAAUUGUUAGCUUUCAAUUGUAAACCUUACGAUCUAUUGCUGACAGUGGGCUUCCGAAUGAUUUAUCUUAUUUUUCUAACACGUCCCUCUCGACAAAUCGUACUAUACUAUAUUAAUCAGCUUUUUUUACUCAAAUAUAAUCUCUAGUCCAUGGAUACGAAUCUCUCGUUCCCAGGAUGAAAAAAACCAAAACAAUUUGCAAUAUGCUUUGUCCACUUCUUGAAACUUCCUCCAAAUAAGAGUAGCAAACUUGGUUCAGCCAGUCUGACGCAAUAUUAUCAUUCAGUUAAACCUGCUCUAGAGAAACCAAAAAUGAAGUCCUUUUUGACUCCUCUCUAGUUUGUCAAACUUAGUUGGCAGAAGUUCAUUACGAACAUGAAGGUCACGGAUGCAAGAUUUAGUUGCACCAAUAAUUUCAGACAAGACUCUUCACAUUUUAGCACAACAAAGAGUGAUUCCUGCCUCCAAAACUGAAUGUAACAUGUACGUAAAGCACAACUUUCUUUUUUAUGUUCAAUCCCUCUUAAGAGAAGGAACACUUGAUGGAAUGUAACAUAAGAUUAUUUGUCUGAACCUUGAAAAACACGAAAAACGCAGAUUUAAAAUUGUUAUUAUUUAAUUGAGAAUGAGUAUGUCACUUUUUAUGUUUAUUGUUAGUUUGAUAAAUAAAAUUUUACCUUUUGUAUGUUUUAAUUACAUCAUGUAUAUUGUGCCUUUUGAGGCAGAAGGUAAGUUCUUUAACUCCUGUAAAUGUGGCUCCCUGGAAUAACCAUAAGUCCCGAGUAUGCUACAUCCUAAAUAUUUUAACCAAUCUUAUUUUAUUUUACUUAAUUUUGUAAGUUUUUUAUUCUAAGUUUGUCACCAUUUAAUUUUUACUGAUCUUCUCCGAUUUUUCAUACACUAGCAUUCUGUUUUAUAUGCUUUUGUCCAAGAAAUGACUGUAUCUCUAUUUUUUGUGAUAUCAUGAUAUUAUACUAUUAAAUACAUUCAUUUCGUAUGAA